GUUUUUUCUCCCUCAUUUUUAAUUGCUGUAACAGUAGUAUUUAUUUUGAGCUUUCCAUUUUUCUCUCUUUUUCAACUUUCAAUUCAAGCAGCUUUGGAAAAACCAACCAGCCAACGGGUUUUUUUUUUUUCACCUCCUGAAAUUUUUGAGUUUAUGAGUUUCUUGUUGAGCUGAAAACGAAAUCCGAAUACAAAUUUUCAGCUUUGGAAGAAGCUUGCACAAGGUGGAGUCGCAGAGACAGGUGUUGGUUUGGUAAUAUAGGCCUUGGAGUGAAAAUUCAAUAUUUUGCAUGGAAGCCAGAGAAGGUAUUAGUUCUGGGGUUACAGUGAUAGGGGCAGAAGCUCCAUCAGCUUACCAUGUGGCUCCGAGGAGUGAAGCUCCAAACCAGGUUCAUGUCCCUGAUGGUGGUGGUGGUGCUGCUGCUACAGCUGCACCUGUUGGUGUCUCACCUGUGAGUGUGGGGUUGGAUGGAACAGUUAAGAAGAAACGGGGUAGACCGAGGAAAUAUGGGCCUGAUGGGUCUGUAACUAUGGCAUUGUCGCCAAUGCCAAUCUCGUCUUCUGCUCCGCCUUCGAAUGACUUUUCAUCCGGGAAGCGGGGGAAAAUGCGGGGGAUGGACUAUAAGCCGUCGAAAAAAGUUGGCUUGGAUUAUAUAGGUGACUUGAAUGUAUGCUCUGAUGGUACAAAUUUUAUGCCACAUAUCAUCACUGUCAAUGCUGGCGAGGACAUCACAAUGAAGGUGAUAUCCUUUUCUCAACAAGGACCACGAGCUAUAUGUAUCUUAUCUGCUAAUGGUGUAAUUUCAAAUGUUACACUUCGUCAGCCUGAUUCUUCUGGGGGUACUUUAACUUAUGAGGGCCGUUUUGAGAUACUUUCCUUGUCUGGAUCAUUCAUGCCUACUGAUAACCAAGGAACAAGAAGCAGGACCGGUGGAAUGUCUGUGUCGUUGGCUAGUCCUGAUGGCCGUGUUGUAGGUGGUGGAGUUGCUGGUCUUCUUGUAGCUGCCAGCCCUGUGCAGGUGGUGGUGGGAAGCUUUUUACCAAGCAGCCAGCAAGAACAGAAAAUAAAGAAGCCAAAGUCUAAUGAUUAUGCACCGGUAACUGUUACUCCAGCGAUUGCAGUGUCUUCUGCACCGCCACCUCCAACCAAUGCUGAAAAAGAGGAUGUGAAUGUUAUGGGUGGAGCACAUGUACUGCAAAAUUCUGGAACCCUUAACUCUAACCUCACUCCUCCCAAUGCCUUUAGAAGAGACAACUGGGUCAACAUGCACUCUAUGCCAGACUCUAGAAAAUCAGCUACAGAUAUUAACAUAUCUUUGCCUGAUAGUUAGGUUGGCGAUCGAGGGGCGCACUCUCUAUCCUCAAGAACUCUUGCUGACAACAUUCAUGACUCAGCUGUUUUAUUAAUGUUUAGUGUUCUCUCUCUUUCUCUCACUCUCAUUUAAAGAUUGUUUCAAUCGUGUCUAAUGUCUAUCACCAUAGGAUGUAGUUUCAGUGUUGUAAGUUGCAGCUAGUUAGAGUAUCUGAUAUAUUUAUCGGCUGAUUAGGUAGAUGCUGCAUUCUGCAGAUUUAUGAGUAGGCUAAUUUGGAUGUAAUGAAAACUUGUUUGCCUAUUUAUUUAUGACUGAAUUUGUGGAAGAAUUUGCCUUUUAA